GUGAACUCUUCCUUUACCCGCACCACAAACAUCCCUGUUGAUCCAAGUGAAAUAUACCAACCACGUCCCACUGGACUUCCUGCAGAAAUAGAACCAAAGUUCCCUCCAAAGUGCACAGAUCACACAGUUGAUUACACCUGUUCAGAAAGUGGAAAAGCCUCCAAGAACCUGUCUGAGCUGGAGCCUUUCACAGACUACAACUGUACGGGUCUGAUUAAGGUCAAUAACAUCUUCAUAAAUAAGACAACUCCACUGAUCCCCGUCAGGAUCGACUGUAAUUUCACAAUAAAAGACAUAAAGAAAAAGGCGAGCAACACUUCCAUUGAGCUGAACUGGGAAACAACCAGUGACAACUGCCAAGUUGACCUCACUAAACUUCAGAACCUUUCUCAUAUCUGCAGCUGUGGGAAAAGUAAAAGUAAAAAUGCUGACAAAGUGACUCAACCUUAUUAUGGAGGAACAUGUAGAUUUGCUGGACUCACACCGUUCACUGACUAUGACUGUAACAUUCAACCCACCUACAACAACGAGGAGACAGUUCCUCAUCAGACAAGUUUUACCGUCAAAACUGCUGCUGGAAAACCAGAAGAUAUCACCAGUGUCGACGUGAGUCUUCUGGAGAAUAAUGUGAUCAAAGCAACCUGUAAGGGACCCAAGAAUGUCUUUGGCGAUAAGAGGAGAUACAGAGCAUAUCUUCAGAAUACACAUGUCAAACCACUUGAGAACAACAACUGUGACUUUGAAUUCAGAGACCUGAGCUACUCUACGAGCUACAUAGUGGUGGUGAUUUUUUUCAAUGAAGCGUUUGAGAGCAAUCCCACGACUGAACAAAUUUCCACUAAGUACAAUGACAAAGCUCUCAUCGGGUUUCUGGUCUUCCUCAUCAUCCUCACCUCGGUGGCUCUGCUCUGGGUCGUGUACAAGAUCUACGUUCUGAAACGCAGAAGACUGCAGGAUGAGAGUGAAAACAUUCAUCUUAUUUCAACAGCAAACGAUGAAGAAAGCCUGCUGCCCGUGGAGCCGAUCGGAGCAGAGAUUCUGCUGGAAACCUACAAGAGGAAGCUGGCCGACGAGGGGAGACUUUUCCUGGCUGAGUUUCAGAGCAUCCCCAAAAUCUUCUCAAGGUACACGGUGAAAGAGGCCAAAAAAUCCUGCAACGUCCCCAAGAACCGCUACGUGGACAUUUUGCCCUAUGACUAUAACCGGGUCCAGCUGAGCACAGGAAACGGCGAGGCAGGAUGUGACUACAUCAACGCCAGCUUCAUUGAUGGCUACAAGGAAUCCAAAAAGUACAUCGCAGCUCAAGGGCCGAAGGACGAAACUGUGGCCGACUUCUGGAGGAUGAUCUGGGAGCAGCAGUCCUCUAUCAUCGUCAUGGUAACACGCUGCGAAGAGGGAAACAGGGUCAAGUGUGCCCAGUACUGGCCGUCUAUUGACCGACAGACCGAGAUCUUUGAGGAGUUCGUAGUGAAGCUGAACUCCGAGGACCACUGCCCAGAUUACACCAUCCGCCGUCUCAGCCUAAUGAAUAAGAGGGAUAAGAACUCAGAGAGGGAGGUGACCCACAUCCAGUUCAUGAGCUGGCCGGACCACGGCGUCCCAGGAGAGCCUCACCUCCUGCUGAAGCUGAGGCGGCGGGUCAAUGCUUUCAAGAACUUCUUCAGCGGCCCCAUCGUCGUCCACUGCAGCGCUGGAGUCGGCAGGACGGGCACCUACAUCGGCAUCGACGCCAUGAUGGAGGGUCUGGAGGCCGAGGGCAGAGUGGACAUCUACGGGUAUUUAGUCAGACUCCGCAGACAGAGGUGUCUCAUGGUUCAAGUAGAGGCCCAGUACAUCCUGAUUCACCAGGCCCUGCUGGAGCACAACCAGUUUGGAGAGACAGAAACCUCUCUGUCUGAGCUCCACAACACAGUGAGCACGCUCCAGCAGAAAAACUCCGACAACGAGCCCACGUUAAUGGAGGACGAGUUUGAGAGACUUCCCACCUUUAAGAACUGGAGGACGUCCAACACGGGGAUCACAGAGGAAAACAAGAAGAAGAAUCGCUGUCCGUCUGUCAUCCCAUAUGACUACAACCGAGUGUUGCUGAAACUAGACGAAGGCCGCAGUCGUGAUAGUGACCAAGAUGAAGACGAGGAGGAGGAGGAGUCGUCAGAUGAAGAGGAUAUGGACUCCACUAUAUACAUCAACGCCUCCCAGCUCGAUGGCUACUGGAGCCCACGUGCCCUCAUCGCAGCACAGACUCCACUGACGGACACCAUCGCUCACUUCUGGUCGAUGGUUUACCAGAAGAAAGUAUCGACUGUUGUCAUGCUUUCAGACUGCAGUGAGGGAGAAAAGGAGUCUGCCUACUGGGAUGAGGACAAGAAAACAUUUGGGGAAAUCGAGGUGGAAGUGGCAAGCACGGACACCUUCCCGGCUUUCAUCCGCCGCAACAUGCUGAUCCGUCACGUCAAGAGGAAAGAGAGUCGGCCAGUGAAACACUUCCAGUUCCUGAAGUGGGAGAGCAGAGAUCUGCCGGAGAAACCGCAAGAUCUCACAGAUAUGAUCAAGGACAUUAAGCACAACUGUGGCAGCAGCAAAUUACAGAGGAGCAUUCCCACUGUGGUCCACUGCAACGAUGGCUCGUCCCGCUGCGGCGUUUUCUGUGCGCUGUGGAAUCUGCUGGACAGCGCAGAGACCGAGAAGCUGGUGGAUGUUUUCCAAGUGGCCAAAACUCUGCGAAAGGAAAGACAGAACAUGUUGUCCAGCCUGGAGCACUACCAGUUCCUAUACAGCGCACUGGAGGCCGUCUUCCCAGUCCAGAACGGGGAGGUGAAACCGGUGCAGGCCUCUGCUGCCGACUCCGUCCAGAUAGUCAAUGAGACAGAAGCAGCAGCUGAGGAGAAAAAAGCUGAGGAGAAAGCUCAGGAGCCAGCCAGCACUACCAGCAGCGAGCAGCAGGCGGCGGCAGAGGACACUCCUCUGGUGUCUGACCAAGCGAAGGAAGACACAAAAAAGGAGCCUGAGAAGGAGCCCAGCGGCCCCAGUGAGACGACGCCACUGGAGGACACCAGCAACGGUCCCACCGUCACCGCGGAGGCCUGAGCGGCGUGGCGGGUCCCGGCUGUGCCUUUACCUCCCGGAGAGAAGCGCUUGAGUUGAAUGCUUAUUAAAGUUACUUUAUGAAUGUAUAGAUGUUGUAAAGCUUUAACACAGUGUUGGUUUUGUUUGGAAUUUGUGAAAGAAUUUGAUCAGAUAUUUUAUAUAAAUUUCAAAAAAUAUGAUUUAACCUAAUUUAUAAGUAUGUUAGUUGGAAAUGUGUAAGCGUGAAAAUAGGAAUUUUUAUGACCAAGGUUUGCUUUAGAAUUGCUGUCAUCAAACUGGGAGCCUUAGAUUUACUGUAUAGUGAGAGACGUCUCAGGGCAAAAUUUUAAAUAUACAGUAGAAAAGUUAUUUUAUGUGCUUCUGUAAGUUUGUGUGAAGUUUGGAUAAGUAUAUGUAAUAUUUUCCUCGCUAAAUAAACAGAUGCUAUAGUCCCCAUUUCUGUAUAUCUGAUAUAUCUGAUUCGUUUACUUGUUAAGCUCAAAAUUUGUUACGUGACACUGUGACACUGUGCUUUUUCAUUAAAAGAGACUUAUGAUGGAAGUUCAACCUA